CUGAAAGCAGAUCCAGAAGAACUGUUUACAAAACUGGAGAAAAUUGGAAAGGGUUCUUUUGGUGAAGUUUUUAAAGGAAUUGACAAUCGGACUCAAAAAGUGGUUGCUAUAAAAAUUAUUGACCUAGAAGAAGCAGAAGAUGAAAUAGAAGACAUCCAACAAGAAAUCACAGUGCUGAGUCAGUGUGACAGUCCAUACGUAACUAAAUAUUAUGGAUCCUAUUUAAAGGAUACAAAAUUAUGGAUAAUAAUGGAAUAUCUAGGUGGAGGCUCUGCACUUGAUCUAUUAGAACCUGGCUCACUCGAUGAAACCCAGAUUGCUACGAUACUGAGGGAGAUACUCAAAGGACUUGAUUAUUUGCAUUCAGAAAAGAAAAUACACAGAGAUAUUAAAGCUGCCAAUGUAUUGCUAUCUGAACAAGGAGAAGUAAAACUAGCAGAUUUUGGAGUAGCAGGACAACUGACAGAUACACAGAUAAAGAGGAAUACCUUUGUGGGAACACCAUUUUGGAUGGCACCUGAAGUAAUAAAGCAGUCAGCAUAUGACUCAAAGGCAGAUAUCUGGUCGUUAGGCAUAACAGCCAUAGAACUUGCAAAAGGAGAGCCACCUCAUUCAGAAUUACAUCCAAUGAAGGUCUUGUUCCUCAUUCCAAAGAACAAUCCACCAACACUGGAAGGAAAUUUCAGUAAAUCCCUCAAAGAAUUUGUUGAGGCCUGCUUAAACAAGGACCCAAGCUUUAGACCUACCGCGAAAGAACUCUUAAAACACAAAUUUAUUUUACGAAACUCAAAGAAAACUUCCUACCUGACUGACCUUAUUGAUAGGCACAAGAGAUGGAAGUCUGAACAAAGUCAUGACGACUCCAGUUCUGAUGAUUCAGAUACUGAACCAGAUGGCCAGGCUUCAGGUGGGAGUGAUUCAGGAGAGUGGAUCUUUACAAUAAGAGAAAAAGACCCCAAGAAUCUAGAGAAUGGAGCAGCCCAGUCUUUGGAGCUUCAAAGAAAAGAGGAAAAGGAUACCCCAAAGAGGCCUGUAUCACAAUGUCUGUCUACAGUUAUAUCCCCUCUAUUUGUAGAGUUGAAAGAGAAGAGUGAAAUGUGUGGUGGUAACACAGAUUCCAUAGAAGAACUGAGAAAGGCUAUUUAUUUAGCUGAAGAGGCUUGCCCAGGCAUUGCAGAUAACAUGGUGUCACACCUCCUGCAGAGGCUUCAGAGAUAUUCAUUAGCUGGAGGAAGCACUUCAUCCUACUGA